AUGGAGGGGAGCUGCGUGCCUACACUCACGUCAAGAACUUUAAGUACAUCAAGCAAGUUCUUGGUAGCGUGGACGAGAGCCUUGUUGUUGGCUUGUGUGGAGUUGAUGGCAUCCUCAUUGAUCUUGGCAUGUCAUCCAUGCAGGUAAACAGAUCAAAUAGGGGAUUCAGUGUACUCCAGGAUGGUCCUCUUGAUAUGCGCAUGGACCCUAUGGCAACUUUAAGAGCAGAGGAUAUCUUGAAUUCUUGGCCGGAGCUUGAAGUUGGACGUAUCCUGCGUGAUUAUGGGGAGGAGAGCAAUUGGCAAUUCAUUCAGAAGCAAAUUGUUAAAGCCCGGGAAAUGGGUGGUCUUCACUCUACUGGGGAUCUUGUCAAACUAAUUCAAAGAAAGUGUACCAUCUCAAAAGGACGGCAAGGCUGGAUCAAGACUGCAACAAGAGUGUUUCAGGCCCUCAGGAUUGCAGUUAAUGAUGAACUCCGGGUUCUUGAAGAUUCACUUCAUUCAAGCUUUGACUGCCUAGCGACAGGUGGCCGUCUCGCUGUAAUCUCAUUCCACAGUCUGGAGGACAGAAUUGUGAAGAAGACCUUCUUGGAGCUCAUCAAUGGGGGUGAAGCAGAUGAUGAAGAGGACAGCGAUGACGACCUGACACUACCUGACAUCGAUGAUGAAGAUGAACCAUGGUUCAACCAGAGAGUGCAAGGAAGAAACGGAAUUGUCCUCACGAAAAGACCAAUAACCCCUUCUCAAGAGGAAGAAAAACUAAAUCAGAGGUGCAGAAGUGCGAAGCUGAGAGUUAUCCAAAAGGCCUGAAUAAUUUGAGAUGGUUUUUGCAGGAUUGAUGUGGAUGCCCGCACAAAAAUUGUUGCAGCCAGAGUACUUGGUGAAAUGAGACGGUCACUUAUGUACGCUGGCAACCAUGCUCUGGAUCACCAGAAAAAUUACCUUGACCGGACAUAACAGCAGCAUUUUUCCUCCACAUGAAACCUAGAGGCUUGGGAUAUAUUUUCGCGCUUAUCUACAUAGCCAAAUAUCGGAGCACUCAAAACUGUACAUGAAAAUCCCUUGCUCUGACGAAGAAGAGAGCUAGCUAGAGCCGUCAAUGAGAAGUGAAGCCGAAGAAGCCACGUCAUCCCAUCGCGACGCACAGAGGCAGCCACGUCUCCCUCCAGCUCACCACGACUCCCGGUUCAUUUCCCUCCAAAAUCUCCUCUCGCCUUCGUCUCAAACGAGUUGGUGUCAGUCUCUGCCGCGAGAGCCCCACACGGCCUCGUAGGCUCGUAGCAAUGGCAGCCACAACCUGAGCUGCCAGCGCCAGCCGCCGCAGCCGCCACGCGAGCGCCUCUUCCUCCACGUGAUUUCAAGCCGGCGGAAAUGGUGGUGGCCAGUGGUAAAUACCCCACAGGUUCUUCUUCCUGGCAUCCAGCCACUCGAUAAAAGCCGGCGCCGAGCAGCCAAGAAUCUCUUGGGACAGAACCGUACACUCCCUGCUCGCUUCCGUUGAUCUCCGGACUCACGAGAGCGAGAGAUCGAGGUUGUUGGCGGCCAUGGCGGCGGCCCACUGCGCGUCCACUUCCUCAGCCUUCCUCGGCCUCCCGCGCGGCAACGGCAGGCGGCGCAAUUCCUGCCGCUUCGUCGCCAACGCCAGGCUGGUGCCGGUGUCCGCCACGCUGGACAAGGAGACCGCGGCGGCGAAGCCGCGGAGGUCCCGGAACCGCCGGUCCAGGAAGGCGACCAAGUCCGAGUCCACGGCGCUGCUCGCCGCCGACGAGCCCGCGGAGGCCAAGGACGGUGGAGCCCCCGAGGAGGCGGCAAACGGUGGCGGCGGCAGGGGGAUGGUAGCGCUGGACGACGUGAUCGUGAACCCGGUGGGGCUCGGCCGGCGCUCCCGGCAGGUGUUCGAUGAGGUGUGGCGCAAGUUCUCGCGGCUCGGCCAGAUGUCCAGCGCCUCCUCCGCCGCUGUGGCCGAGCAGGACCCCGCCGUCCUCUUCCGCAGCGGGCCCAUGUGCGAGUUCACCGUGCCCGGCGCGCAGGACAUCACCGUCCUCGUCGUCGGCGCCACCAGCCGCAUCGGCCGCAUCGUCGUCCGCAAGCUCAUGCUCCGCGGAUACAACGUCAAGACAUUAGUCAGGAGGAAUGAUCCGGAAGUGAUUGACAUGCUUCCGAGGUCUGUGGACAUCGUGGUUGGCGAUAUCGGUGAUCCUUCUUCAGUUCAGGCUGCCGUUUCAGGUUGCAACAAGGUAAUUUACUGUGCUACCGCACGGUCGACUAUCACCGGAGACCUCAACAGGGUUGAUAACCAAGGAGUAAGAAAUGUUACCAAGGCUUUCCAGGAUUACUACAAUCAGCUGGCCCAGUCAAGGGCUGGUAAAAGCAGCAAGAGCAAACUGACGAUUGCAAAAUUUAAGUCCGCCAAAUCUGUGAAAGGAUGGGAGGUGCGUCAGGGAUCAUACUUCCAGGAUAUCUACCCUUCUAGAUUCGAUGGAGGCACCGAUGCGUCAUUUGAAUACUCGGAAAGGGGACAGGCUGUUUUCUCAGGGUUUGUUUUCACAAGGGGUGGCUACGUUGAAAUGUCUAAACGGCUUUCGCUUCCUCUGGGUUCCACACUAGACAGGUAUGAUGGAUUGCUUCUUUCGGUGGGCGGAAAUGGAAGAUCAUAUGUUAUUAUUCUCGAGACUGGUCCACUGGCUGACACCUCACAGACCAAGAAAUAUUUUGCCCGGAUGAACACAAAAGUUGGAUUUUGCAGAGUGAGAGUGCCGUUUUCAGCUUUCCGGCCAGUAAACCCACAGGAUCCUCCAUUGGACCCCUUUCUUGUGCACACACUAACCAUCAGGUUUGAGCCCAAGAAGCAGAGACCUGGUGAUUCAUCUGAAGGAGCUGCUAGUGACCCCAGAAACUUUGAGCUGAAAAUGGAGUUUAUAAAAGCUUUGCCAAGUGGUCAAGAAACAGACAUUGUGCUGGUCUCAUGCACGGGCUCAGGAAUUGAAGCUAACAGGCGAGAACAAGUCCUCAAAGCGAAGAAGGCUGGAGAGGACGCAUUGAGGAGAUCUGGCCUCGGGUAUACCAUUGUGCGCCCAGGUCCGCUGCAGGAAGAACCUGGGGGUCAGCGCGCCUUGAUCUUCGACCAAGGGAGCAGGAUCUCUCAGGGCAUCAGCUGCGCCGAUGUGGCCGACAUCUGCGUGAAAGCGCUGCACUAUUCGACAGCAAGGAACAAGAGCUUCGAUGUGUCCUACGAGCAUGUGUCGGAGCAAGGGAAUGAGCUGUAUGAACUUGUGGCUCAUCUACGUGACAAGGCCAACAACUACCUGUCGCCGGCUCUCUCGGUUCUGGAGAAGAACACCUGAUCUGAUCACCAGUGAGCGGUGACUAUGAGCUAGCACGACGACUCUACGAGUGAUGCACACACAUGUACAGGUUCUCCACCUGCCUUGUACUGUGCAUACGAGCCGCAUUCCCGUCUGUCUUGUGAAGCUUUUCUCUUUGGGCCCCCAUUUUCGGCUAAGAUACCGUGUGGGGUCCGCAUUCAGAGGGUAGGAGAUUUCUAGUGUGUGCGUGCCUCAUGUCACUCGUCUACAUGAGGUAUUAUCCAAUGCAUAGAAGGAAGAGGACUAGAGGAGCACAAAGGAAGGGACUUUGGAAGGCCAUCCUUUUGUAGGCACCGAGUGUAGUGGCAGUUUCGGAGACUGAGACUGGAACCCAGAGGCAUGUAGAUGUACAAUAUUAUUGAACAAUGAUAUAUAUAGUCUCUAAUCUCAAAAAAAAAAAGAACAAUGAUAUAUAUAGUCUUUCAGAAGGGGAUCAUUUGAGAUGCCUGAAUCAA